GCAAGAACCCUAGCCGCGACGACACACCCAAAUACCCAAUUUCUUAUCUAGCUAUUUCACGUUUCCACCUCCGACGAUCGACGGCUGACGACUUUACGAGAUCCGUCGACCGUCGACCCGGCCCCCUCUAUCCAUGGCUGAUGACUCUAGUUGUGCAGCACCAUUAUCAACACCUUGUUCUUCUACACCUACGGUAGAAGAAUUUUUUGAACCUCUUGAUGAAGAUAUGCCAGACGAUGAUGAAUUGGAGGACAAUGCUGAAGAAGAAGCACCAGAUACCACCCCUACAGACACAGUAGACGAAAAUCUAACCCAAGGUACAAAGAGAGCAAGGAGGUCUGAGGUGUGGAAGGAUGUGGAGGAUCCAUUUGUCUUAAGAGGGUUAAGAAAAACUCGAUGUAAGUAUUGUAAAAAAAUUCUUAGCCUUCCAAAAUCUGGUUGCACCAGUCAUUUAAACCGUCAUCUAAAAACUUGUCCACAAAAAUUAUUGAAGCAACAAACUUUACUGAAUUUUUUGCCAUCUAAUAAAAGUGCGGGUCCACUUGACUCUGGGUUUGUUAGUGCUAUACAUAAGGGUAAGCUUGAUAUGCUUAUCAUGAGAGAAGGGGUUGCAAAUUGGAUUGUCAUGCAUGAGAAACCCUUUUCUGUUGUGGAAUAAGUAGGGUUUAAUAUGAUGUUAAAGAGGGGAAUACCACAGUGGACUAGUGUUUCACGUCAAACUAUAAAAACUGAUGCAUUUAAAGUAUAUGAGGUUGAAAAAAAGAAGUUGAAAGACACUUUGAAGAAGGUUGAUAGGAUCUCUUUAACCACUGAUCUAUGGCGUGCAAGACCGCAAAAGAUUGAGUACAUGGUUCUUACUGGUCAUUUUGUUGAUCGGGAUUGGAAACUACAAAAGCGAGUCUUGAGUUUUGUACACAUACCUCCUCCUAGAAAAGGAAAAGACAUAGCAAAUUGCAUAUUUAGGUGCUUAAAGGAGUGGGAAAUUGAAAACAAAGUCUUCACGGUAUCAGUUGAUAAUGCCAGUGCAAAUGAUUCAUGCAUACAAAUUAUGAAGGAUACGUUCUCACUAACUAAGAGGUUAGUAUGUGGUGGAAAAUUGUUCCAUGUUCGGUGUUGUGCGCAUAUUAUUAAUAUUAUGGUCCAGCAUGGUCUAAAGCAAGUCAAAACCAUCAUUAAGAAUGUCCAUGAUUCCGUGGAAUACCUCAAUGGGAGUAAGGCAAGAUUGAAAAAGUUCGCUGAGCUUGUCCAACAAUUCAAUCUCAAGGAAAGGAGAUUAGUUCUUGAGUGCAAGACUCGAUGGAAUUCAACUUAUGAUAUGUUAGCUUGUGCAAUCAAGUUCAAGGAGGUAUUUUCUAGACUUGCUUUAGAGGAUAACGAUUAUGUUUAUUGUCCUAGUGCUGAUGAUUGGAUUAAAAUUGAGAAAUUGAUAAAGAUCUUAAAGGUUUUUUAUUGUACUACCAACAUUAUCUCAGGCUCUGAAUAUCCAACUUCUAAUUUGUUUCUCUCGGAGGUCUACUACAUUAAGAAAAUGUUGGAUAGUAAUGCUGAUUCCCCUGAUGUUUUUGUUAAAGAUAUGGUUAAAAACAUGAAAGAAAGGUUUGAUAAGUAUUGGGGUGAAUGUAAUUUGAUCAUGGCUUUAGGUGGGUUGUUAGAUCCUCGUGUUAAGAUGAAGGUUGUUGAAAUUACUUUUCCUACCAUGUUUGCUUCAGAUAAAGUUAGGGAGAAUAUAAAUAAAGUUAAAGAUACUCUGAUUGAAUUGUAUGAUGAGUAUCUCAAUAUUUAUCCUCCUUUAGUGGAGGAAUUUGGUGAAUGUGGAAAUGGAACGUCAAAUGUUGAAGAAGAUGACCUUUAUGCGAUGUCUAGAAUUAUACAAGUUGUGAGAAUUGGGGAAACAUCUCAACCUAAGAAAUCAGAAGUGGAGUUGUAUUUUGAGGAAGAAACCUUUGUUGUUGAAGGAAAUAGCCCAAAUAAGUUUGAUGUUUUACAAUGGUGGAAAGAAAGGUCUUCAAAAUAUCGCAUUUUGUCUAAAUUGGCUGCCGAUAUCUUAGCUGUUCCUAUUACAACUGUUGCUUCCGAGGCUACUUUUAGUGCUGGAAGUCGUGUUAUUGAUUCUUAUCGAGCAUCAUUACUUCCCGAGACCGUGCAAAUGUUGAUUUGCGUAGGAGAUUGGUGUAGGUCCCGUUAUGGAGUGCAAAGAAAGAACAAAAGUAUUGAAGAGGAUGAACCAAAGGAAAUCAUUCUUCCUAUUCCUUAGGUUUUUCGGAAAAAAACAUGAAAAUAGGAGCAAGAAGGCGUUUGUUUUAAUUUUAUGGAACCUUUGAUGUUGUAUUGAUGAAUCAUGUAUAAUUUUAUUAAUUUUACAUUUGAA